AUUUGACGUGAGCGAGACUGCGCAAUAUUAUCGUGAGCGUUUAACUUGGCGGCGUGACUCUUCUAUUAAUGUCCGCCUUAGAAGUCAGUGAAGACUCGUAUUCUAUGCAACAUCACCCAUCGCUUUAAUUUGGGAGACAUGCGGCGAAGUAAGACUGAAGUGGACAGGUACAUUGCCUCUGUCCAGACUUCCUCUCCCUUACUCAAAGAGAAGCCAGUCAAAGGAUUUCUGUUUGCAAAGCUAUAUUUUGAAGCAAAAGAGUAUGAACUUGCAAAAAGACAUGUAUCAGAGUAUCUCCAAGUCCAAGAGAGAGAUCCCAAAGCACACAAAUUCCUUGGACAGCUCUAUGAGAGGGAAGGAGACAUCAACAAGGCAGUAGGAUGUUACAAGCGUUCUGUGGACUUGAACCCGGCUCAGAGAGACCUGGUGCUCAAGGUGGCUGAGUUACUGGUCAACAAAGGGGAAAAUGACAGCAAAGCAGAGUUUUGGGUGGAGAAAGCUGCAAAGUUGCUGCCAGGCAACCCGACAAUCUUCAACCUGAAGGAGCGCCUGUUGAGUCGCCAGGGCCAGCAGGGUUGGAACCAGCUGUUCGACCUCCUCCAGGCUGAGCUGGCGGCACGACCGGGAGAAGCACAUGUCAAUGUCAAGCUGGUCCAGCUGUUUUGUCAGGACGGUCAGCUGGAGGAGGCUAUUAAACACUGCCUGGCCACUGAGAAAAGGGGCUUGCUGCGCCACAGUCUGGAGUGGUACACUGUGGUGGUGCGCACACUUCAGGACUACCUGGCUCAGCCCAGCAUCUCCAACAACGAGAAGAUGUGUCGUCGUCUCCAGAGAGAGCUGCUUUUGGCCCACUGCAGCCUUGCGAGAAUCACACUGUCUGGAAGUGGUGUGCAGUCUUGCCUCGAUGCUCUCAGACGUUUUGACCAGACUAUGCAGAAGCUGAGUAGUGUUGCAGGCCACCACGCAGAUGAUCUUUGUGAAGUUUUUGUGGAGAUGCGAGGUCACCUGUACUUGCACGCUGCCACAGUGCUCUUGAAGCUCGCUCAGGAACGUCAGCAGACAUGGAGGGCUGUCACUGACCUGACGGCGCUAUGCUACUUGUUGGCCCUGCAGGUUCCCAGACCAAAGCCUAAGGUGACUAAAAGAGAUCAGCCAGCCCCACAGCUUCUGGAGCUUCUUGCAAACGACAGACAAAGUCAGGCUGGUCACAUGCUGCUAAAUCUAAGUACUGAUUCAACCAGCCUGAUCAGAGAGGUGGUGGAAGCAUUUGGCAACCGUAGCGGUCAAGACUCUCUGGUUGAACUUCUGUUUGGACGGCAGACAUCAACUGAAUCCUUCAUUGCAAAUGAUGACAUCCAUUCCAUUAGUGCACAAGCUCCAGAACUCUCUCAGCUGGCUAAGUGGGAUGCAGGUUCUAUCUUGUUGCAUUGUGGCGACUUGCAACAUUUAAGCUGGUUAGGGCUUCAGUGGGCUCUUUUAGCCCAAAGACCAGCCUUGCGGGUUUGGCUACAGCAGCUUUUCCCAAGACUUACCCUGGAAACCUCCAAACUUGACACAAAUGCACCAGAGUCCAUCUGCCUUCUGGAUUUGGAGGUGUUUGUACAUGGUGUGGUGUUCUGUAGCCACUGUCAGCUGCAGGAGACUGCAAAGCUUAACAGUGGAAUAAACCAGCAGCAGCAGCAUCUUUAUGAACCUCGCUGCCUCCCACUUCCCCUUCUCCGCCUUUUGACCACAGAAAGACAGAGGGAGUGGUGGGAUGCCAUCUACUGUCUCAUUCACAAACGAGCUGCUCCUGGCAUGUCAGCUAAAUUGCGAAUGAUAGUACAACAUGGGCUGAACACACUGAGAGCUGGAGAGAAACAUGGUCUGCACCCAGCACUGGCCAUCUACUGGGCUCAGUGUCUUAGCCAGACGGGCGAUGGCGUCAACUCAUACUAUGACCAGAAGGAGUACGUCAGUCGCAGUGUCCACUACUGGACAGUUGUCCUUCCACUGCUUGAAAAGAUAAAAAAAAGGCGAAGUAUACCAGAACCCCUCGACCCCCUCUUCAUACAUUUCCCUUCCAAAGAUCUUCAGGUCUCCUCUGUGAAGGGCUUUCAAGAGGAAGCCAAAGUUGCAUAUGCAACUCUUCUUGACAUUGAAGGCAAGACGGAGGAGGCCAUUGCAACGUUGGAAUCGAUCAAUAGCAUGGCAUCUGUCUGGCAUUUGGCUCAGAUAUACCAGCGGUUGUCUGAGGAGGCCAGCAAUGGAGUUGAGGAGACCCAGGACAGGUGCAUCACUUUUCUGAAGAAAUUUAGGAUCUACCUCUCCAAGGUCUACAAUGCCAAUGCGGAUGAAGUUGAAAAACUUCCAGUGUCCAUGGAGGAAGUUGUGGACCUUCUAAAUGAUGUCAAUCAGCAACUGGGAGAGAGUGGAGGGGAUGAAGAUGAGGAAAAGAAUGAUGGUCAUCGGGGACCAGUCCAUUCAAGCCCCGCUUGUCCCACAGACACCAGAGCCACCAUAUCCCACAUCAAGUUUUCAACUCCUUCCCCUAACAAAAGCAUUGUUUCUCCUUCCAAAAGACACCUGAUUUCUCCAAAGACACCGCCUCACUGGGUGGAGGACCAGAAAAGUCUCCUCCAAAUGCUGUGUCAGCAAGUUGAAGCUCUUAAGAACGAGGUUCACGACCUGAGACACAACUCUCCGGGAAAUGUAGGCUCGCCUCAUCAUAAAAUGUAUGGCGAGAGUUACGGUGCCGAAGGAGUACAGGAAUCUUUCACUCCUGUGCAGUCCUACCAUGGGGCACCCUUGACAGUUGCCACUACAGGUCCAUCCGUGUAUUACAAUCAGUCUCCAGCAUACAACUCGCAGUACCUCCUGCGCACAGCAGCAAACGUAACCCCCACAAAGGGCCCAAUGUAUGGUAUGAACCGUAUGCCACCUCAACAGCAUAUGUAUACCUAUCAGCCGCCACCCCAUACUCCUCCCAUGCAAACAGCUCCAGCCUGCAUGUACCCUCCUCAAGAACAGGCCUUCACUGCGCCUCUUCGAUUUGAAUCACCAGCAACAAGCCUUCUGUCGCCAUAUAGUGAAGAAUAUUACGGGCAGAAUGUACCUCAAACCACCAACCCGCCUCUGCCCGAACCUGGUUAUUUCACCAAACCGUCUGUAGUCCCCGCUCAGGCACCAAAGAGCAAAUCUUUGGAGCUUGGAAAACUCUCCUUUAGCCAGCAGGCACCUGCUGAAGUCCCCAAAGUACCUAGUUUUGGAGCAAGCACAGUUUCCCAACCAACACCAACAGCUGCCUUUAAAUUUAAUUCCAACUUUAAAUCCAACGAUGGCGAUUUCACUUUCUCGACAUCCCAAGCGAAGCACAGUGAAAGUUUGCUCGGUCUUCUUACGUCUGACAUCCCCGCUAAGACCGAUACUUUGCCAGAGAAGCCGUGCGUUCAAGAGCACGCAUCAAACCAAGCGAGCAUCUUCACUUUUGGCAAUAAAAAUUUGUCAGGCUUCUCGUUCGCCGAUGUGGUACAGAGCACAGGUCCUGGAGGUCUGUUCGGGAAAGUGGAGCAGCCGUUUAAAUUUGGAGAUGUUACUAAGCCAGUAUUUGGUAACGCUAAGUCUGCACUUGAAGAAGAAAGUGCAGCAGAUAGUGACAACGACAGCACUCAUGCUGAGGAGGAGGACGAAGAGGAGGAGGAGGAUGAUGAUGAUGAUGGUCCUCACUUUGAACCCAUUGUACCCCUUCCUGAUAAAGUUGAUGUGAAAACAGGUGAGGAAGACGAAGAGGAGAUAUUUUGCAAUAGAGCAAAGCUGUACCGAUUUGACACGGAGACAAAGGAAUGGAAGGAACGGGGCAUUGGCAAUGUUAAAAUCUUGAAACAUAGCAUUACAGGGAAGGUUAGACUCCUAAUGAGACGGGAGCAGGUCCUGAAGAUAUGCGCGAAUCACUACAUCACCACAGACAUGUUACUGAAACCAAAUGUUGUUUCGGAUAAAUCAUGGGUAUGGAAUGCCAUUGAUUACGCAGAUGAAGAGCCGAAGCCAGAGCAACUAGCCAUCCGUUUCAAAACAACGGAUGAGGCAUCGCUUUUUAAGUCCAAGUUUGAAGAAGCCCAGAACAUUGUGGUGAAAUCACAAGAAAAGCAUGUUCCACAGGAGAAGAAAGAGGAGGUUCCAAAAACCUCCAAACCUUUGGAAACUCUUACAGAAAAGUUUGCAAAAAAAGAAGGUGAGUGGGAUUGCAGUCAGUGCUUUGUAAGAAAUAAACUGGAGGCUGUUCGGUGCUGUUCUUGUCAAAGUGCCAAUCCCAAUUCCUCCUCAAAGCCAGACAUUCAGGCUGAAAAUGAAACCAAAGCCAGUCCCUUUGCUUUCAAAUUCGGGACAGAUGACAAGACGAAAACCAGCAGUUCUGGCUCCACAUUUUCUGGAUUUGGUGCUUUUGGAACUUCUUUCCCUACGUCUUUUACAUUUGGUACCAAUUCUGCAAAACCCAUUGACACAAAAAACAGCGCCUUUGCUUCUGGCUUUGGCACUCAGUUUGGCAAGAAGGCAGAGCAGUGGGUUUGUGAUGCAUGCUCUACAAGGAAUGAGGUGUCUGUAGACAGUUGUGCCUCUUGCAAAGCCUCACUUAAAACAACCUCCACAGAACAAAGUGUGCCCACCACAGUUGUACCUGUAAGCAAAAUCUCAGAAUCAGUUGAGAGUUCUGGGUUUGGUGAGCAAUUUAAAAAGAAAGCAGAUCAGUGGGAGUGUCAGGAGUGUUAUAUAAUAAACGAAGCUGAUGCACACAAUUGUGUGGCCUGUAAAAACCCCAACCCCAGCACUAAGUCAAAAGAGGGUGCACACACCGCUAAAAGCUCAACCAGUGCUGCUACUUCAGCAUCAGCUUUUAGCUUUAACUUUGGAGUGAAGACAUCAUCAAGCCAGCCCACUGGAACUGGUUUUACUGCACCUUUCGGAACAGGCCAUUCAUUUCAGUUUGGUCAAAGCAAAGUAGAACCUUCAGCGGCUUCUUUCAAAUUUGAGGUUCCUCUGUCUGAUUCAAGUACCACCAGUUCUUCUGGCUUCUCCUUCUCCAUGCCCGUUUCUUCAGGCGGCUUUAAAUUUGGAAUUCAGAGCACUGCAAACGGUAGUUCAUCUAAUAACUCAAGGUCAGCUGAUCAGGUGGCUUCAUCGGGUUCUGCUUCCAGCGUUCUUAAAAGCAUUGCUGAUAAGCACAAGGAGAAACAAGAUGCAUUUACCCUCCAACAAGAGGGCCAACAGGAGCCUGAGACAAAUCCAUUAAUAUCUGGUCAAAAUAAUUCCUUUAGUUUUGCAGACCUGGCACAGUCCUCUGGAGGAAACUUCCAGUUUGGCCAGAAAGAUCCCAAUUUCAAAGGUUUCUGUGGUGCUGGUCAGCAGCUGUUCUCAUCAUUUCAGGCCACACCCACCAAGUCGAAUGCCUCAAAUGAGCAGGUAGAAGACGACAUGUAUAAAACUGAAGAAAAUGAUGAUAUUCAGUUUGAACCAGUGGUUCAAAUGCCCGAGAGGGUUGACCUGGUAACGGGAGAGGAAGAUGAACAGGUUCUUUAUUCACAGCGUGUUAAACUGUUCAGAUUUGAUUCAAGCACGAGCCAGUGGAAAGAGCGUGGGGUCGGGAUCCUCAAAUUCCUGAAAAACACCUGUAAUGGCAGGCUUAGAGUUUUGAUGAGAAGAGAGCAAGUUCUGAAGGUGUGUGCCAACCACUGGAUCACGACCACCAUGAAUCUUAAGCUACUAGCAGGGUCAGAUAAGGCAUGGAUGUGGAUGGCUAAUGAUUUCUCUGAUGGGGAUGCCAGACUUGAACAGUUGGCGGCCAAGUUCAAAAGCCCCGAACUUGCUGAGGAAUUUAAGGAAAAGUUUGAAGAAUGUCAGAGACUUCUCCUGGACAUCCCCCUACAAACUCCCCACAAACUGGUUGACACGGGCAGAACUGCGCACCUGAUUCAGAAAGCAGAGGAAAUGAAGACUGGCUUGAAGGACCUGAAAUCCGUUUUGACAGAUGGCAAGGCAAAGAUCAAAGACCAUGACAGUCAGGUAGAUAUUGAGGCAUCCUCAAACAUGUCAAGUCUUUUAAUCAAGCCUCACAGUGAAACCACUGGUCCUACCUUAGAGUGGGAUAACUAUGAUCUAAGAGAAGAAGCUUUAGAUGACACAGCGGACUCGUCAGUCUAUGCUUCUCCACUUGCUAGCAGCCCACUAAGAAAGAACCUUUUUCGCUUUGGGGAGUCCAUGGGUGGCUUCAACUUCAGCUUCCAACCUGGCAUAAGCCCCUCCAAGUCUCCUGCAAAGCUUGACCAGAGCAGAACCUCAGUGGGAACUGACGAUGAGCAAGAUGUUACCCAGGACGAGGAUAGAGAUGGCCUCUACUUUGAACCUGUAGUUCCCCUGCCUGAUUUGGUUGAGCUUUCCACAGGUGAAGAAAACGAACAAGUAGUCUUCAGUCACAGAGCCAAACUGUAUCGGUAUGAUAAAGAAGUGAGUCAAUGGAAAGAGAGGGGUAUUGGGGAUCUCAAAAUCUUACAAAAUUAUAACUCAAAACGUGUGAGGUUGAUUAUGAGGCGAGACCAGGUUCUUAAGAUUUGUGCUAACCAAUGGAUCACAGCAACUAUGAAGCUAGAACCAAUGAAGGGUGCAGAGAAGGCCUGGGUGUGGAGUGCAUUGGACUUUGCUGAAGGAGAGGGCAAAGUUGAACAGUUGGCCGUGAGAUUCAAACUGCAGGAAACUGCAAACAUAUUUAAGCAGGUUUUUGAUGCGGCCAAGAUUGCUCAGGAGAAAGUGGAACUUAUGACCCCAGUGGCGUCCAUCACAUCUCAGGACAGUGGAGACUCUUUAAAAACACCCACUGCUGUGUGUGGGAAGGCAGCCAUUGCUAUUUUGGAACAGACCACAAAGGAACGAAGUGAGGUCUCCUGUGACGAGAAACCAUCCAGUUCUCAAAGUCCAGCCAACCCCACCAAGUCGGUGAUGUUGCCACCCAAGUUUGUGUUUGGCUCUGAUAGCCUUCAGAAGAUCUUUGGAAGUCCAAAGUCUCCCUCUGAGAGUGGUGACUGUGAAUCCAGUCUGAAAGUUAAAGAUUCUGGACAUCCUCCCAAGGGGUCGUCUCCGUCACCUGCAUUCAAAAUUCCCCAAAAAGGGCUGGAUUUUAGGCUUUUCAAAGAUAACCCAAUGGCCUUUUGGACGAGCACAUCAAGCACCCAAUUUGAAAGUCCAGGGCUCCAACAAGCAGGAGUCAGCACCGGGUCAGACGAGGACUCUGAACUGGAGGUUGUGUAUGUCAGGGAGCCAACUGCUGAGCAAGCUGCUUUAGCCCGGAAAUUACUGCUGCCACUCACCUUUUUCUGCUACCAGAAUGAACCAGGCUACACCAGUGACGAUCAACAUGAUGAUGAGGACUACGAGUCAGCAGUGAAAGCCUUGAAUGGGAAGCUUUACCCUGAUCCUCCUGAAAGAAAAGUGACCACUUCUGAGCCAGACUGCCAGGUUGUCUGGGAGAAAAAGCCAACGCCAGAGGAGGAGGAGAAAGCCAAGAGCCUCCAGCUUCCACCCACGUUCUUCUGCGGCUUGAGCACCACUGACAGCGACCUGGACCCUGACAAGACUGAGGACUUUGAGACAGAAGUCCGCAAAGCCCAACAGGAACUGGACUCCCAGUCAAGCAAAGCCGAAGAUGUCACUAGUUGUCCUGCUGAAGAGCCGACGUUGACUCCGUCGCCGAGCAGCACAGAGGUUGUUGGCAGCGCGUCAAGCACGCAGAAUGAAGCCUUGGAGCAACCAGUGGACCUGCAGACAGAAGUUCCCAGCAGUGGCUCUCCCAUCGACUUAUCAACUAAGCCAUGCCCUGAGCCCGGGAGCGUCACCGUUACCACUCCUGUCACGACAGUCACAAGUACAGACCCCCCCAGCUUUGGUUUCACCUCAUCAGGGGCCUUUUCAUUUGCUGACCUGGCCAAAAACACAGAAGGCUUUGCAUUUGGUGCAAAAGAUUCCAACUUCUCCUGGGCGAACGCAGGUGCGGCAGUAUUUGGUUCGUCCAUGACUCCAGCAUCACACAGCAAGAACAAUGAGGGCGGAAGCGAUGAAGAGGACGCUCCUAAAAAUGUUGACAUCCACUUUGAACCCAUUGUAUCACUGCCAGAGGUGGAGACAAAGUCUGGAGAGGAGGAUGAAGAAAUCCUUUUCAAGGAGCGUGCGAAGCUCUAUCGAUGGGACCGAGACCUAGGCCAGUGGAAGGAGCGCGGCGUCGGCGACCUGAAGAUCCUCUUCCACCCAGCUAAACAUUUCUACCGAAUCCUGAUGAGAAGAGAGCAGGUGUUCCGCGUUUGUGCCAACCACAACAUCUGCCCCAGCAUGGAGCUAAAACCCAUGAACACCUCGGCUAAUGCUCUCAUCUGGACCGCUACAGACUACUCAGACGGAGAGGGUUCCAUAGAGCAGCUGGCGGCCAAGUUCAAAACCCCGGAGAUCGCCGAAUCCUUCAGGAAGACCUUCUGCAAGUGUCAGCGCCACAUCAGCCAAACAAGCGACGAUGCCUCAUGUAGCGCAUCGGCGAUGAUGUCAAGAAUUCAGGAGCACUCCAGAGACUCAAACCCGCAGGUGUUCUUCACCGUGGAGGCUGACAGCCAACCCCUCGGCACCAUCACUAUGGAGCUCUUCUCUCAAAUUGUUCCCAAGACGGCCGAAAACUUCAGGGCUCUCUGCACCGGCGAAAAAGGCUUCGGGCUCCGAGGCUCUAUCUUCCAUCGGGUCAUACCCGACUUCAUGUGUCAGGGCGGCGACAUCACCAAAAGCGACGGCACAGGCGGAAGGUCCAUCUACGGCACCAAGUUUGAGGACGAGAACUUCGAUGUCCGGCACACAGGUCCGGGAAUUUUGUCCAUGGCCAACCGCGGCCGCGACACCAACAACUCACAGUUCUUCAUCACACUGAAAAAGGCCGAAAACUUGGACUUCAAGCACGUGGCUUUUGGCUGGGUGCGACAGGGCAUGGAUGUCGUCCAACGCAUGGGGGAGCUGGGCACCAAGGGAGGUGUCCCCUCUAAGAAGCUUGUCAUCACGGACUGUGGCCAGUUGUAGAACUUUCAUGGAGAUUUGAAGCUUCAUUUGGUUUCUGUGCAGUAAUUUGUGGUCAUUAAGUAACAAACAAUUACAGAACAGAACUACUGACCAUAAAUGAUUUUGCUGUCAAAUUUGAAACAUGGUUAACGGCACUUUGAUAGUUGUCGGCAUCUGACAGUAAAAUCUCUUAUUUUGUUUAUAUAAUUGUACAGGGACUUUUUUUAAGUGUUUGUUUUGUCAUGCAUGUUCUGGUAUUCUUUACACACACAUGUGGCUUUCCGGUUGUGACCAAUUUUUAAUUCGGACAGAAAUAAAGGUAUUUGAAAGCACAGUUGCUUGACAACUCUGCUGCUACCCUUUCUACAUCGUGUUCCUGUAGAUGUCGCUAGACAGUGUUAUUCUGUGUCCUGCAUAUAUUGUGUUGCCCACAUAGCUCACUGUGGUGAUGGAGGUUUAUGUACACGAUCCAUUAUGAACAAUAAAUGCUUUACAUGUAA